UUGCUGCAUUAAGCAACCCACUGACUCGUCCUGAAUGCCUGCUUGACCACGUUUCGAGUCCAUGCGCCUUCUUAGCCCUACACCGUGGUAUAAACAAGACUGCCUUGUUCGUAUUCGGUUGCUGGGACAAGAAUCAUAUCUAAUCACACAUUGGACCUCGAGUGUCCGCCCAUUCAUGUCUUACCUGCUGUUUUCUUACCCAUCGAGUAUUUGCUGGCACCCAGCUUGCAAGUACAGCUGUGGUAGCGUCUAGGGGAGACGCUCUCCUUUGCCUAUCUUCUCGUACGUGGCUCCAUGUAAUCAUUGUCGAUUGUCGUUGGAUAUGCGCCUCGUGUCAGCCUCAUCUUCCAUGUCCUCGACUCGGACUCGGCGCUGAGCUAUAAGCCAUAUUUUGACUUGAUUUACCCAUCGACAGGCCGACCCAGAGGAAUCGAGUAUGGAAUCGAGUAUGGAAUCGAUCAUCCAGCCAAACUUGCCGUGGCACUUCCUAGGACAGACCUACCCCGCUCCACGACAUGUACCAAAGAUGCGCGGCCGAGAGCAUUGCUAUCGUAGCAUGCGCCAUGAACAGACUGUCGAUUCGAGGAGACACAUACUUGCGAGGCUGAAGGUGUUGGAAACUGUGAGUAAACAGACUGGGAAGCGCGCUGUGUGGAGGUGAGUAGCGAAUCCGACUAUUCAGCUGGAGACGUCGAGGCGGC